AUGAACAAGUCAAUAAGAAGUCGUGGGGUAAUCAUAGCUAUCGAGCAUACUCCAAAGGAUGAUUUCAUAGCGGACAGAGAUGCAAGCAUGAUGUCUACGGGCCAAAGCCGAAAGGAAGUUCGCGGACAGAGGGAUAUGCUAGCAAGCCCCAAAAACAUCGUCAGGUUGGGAUCAUGGAACGUAAGAACUAUGUACUCCACUGGAAAAACAGCACAAGUAAUAGCAGAAAUGAAGAGAUACCACCUAGAUAUACUUGGAAUAAGCGAAUGCAGAUGGACAGAUUCUGGAAAAAUCAGAACCCAGACAGGUGAAACGAUACUGUAUUCUGGAAGGAAAGAUAACCAUCACAGUAAUGGAGUUGCUAUUGCUAUAUCAAAGGAGAAAGCCAAGACAUUAUACGAAUGGGCACCCAUUAACGACCGCAUCAUAACUGCCAGGUUCUGGUCAAACUAUAUAAAAACAACAUUAAUACAAGUGUAUGCACCUACCAAUGAUGCAGACGAGGAAUCAAAAGAUAAUUUUUACGAACAACUACAGGGAGUCAUAGACAACACUCCACGCCAUGAUAUUAUAAUUCUAACUGGCGAUAUUAAUGCAAAAGUAGGUAACAAACAGGAAGGAGAGGAUGGAAUUGUUGGAAAGUAUGGUUUACACUCGGAAAGGAACGAUAAUGGAGAAAGAUUUGCAUCAUUUUGUGCCAUCAACAACUUGGCAAUAUCUACAACAAUGUUUAAACAUAAAGACAUACACAAGCAGACAUGGACUUCACCAAAUGGUCAACACAAGAACCAGAUAGACCAUGUAGCAGUCAAUGGGCGCUUUAAAAGAUCUGUAUUGGAUGUCAGAGCACAACGAGGUGCAGAUGUCGGAUCUGACCACAAUUUAGUCAUCACAAAAGUAAUGCUUAAACUGCACAAAAUAGGAAAGAAACCAACAUCUUCAACAAGAUUCGAGACAUGCAAACUUAAGGUACCAGAAGUUCGGAAACAAUUCCAAAUAGAACUGAGGAAUAGAUUUAAUGCACUCAGUGAAGACAACACCAUAGGUCCCAAUCCUGAUGAUAUAGAGGAAAGAUGGAACAACAUUAAAACUGCAUAUAAUGAAACUGCCAUAAACGUACUAGGGUAUAGAAAAAGGAAAAACCAGGAAUGGAUAAGCCAGGGCAGUUGGAAAAAGGUAGAAGAGAGGCGAGUUCUAAAGGGCAAAGUAGAAAGUGCAAGAUCAGAGAGAUUAAGAGCUAGACUAAAAGAAAAGUAUGGGGACAAAGACAAGGAAGUGAAAAGAAGUUUUAGAAAAGACAAACGACAAUGGGUAGACGACAUGGCGAAUGAGGCACAGGAGGCAGCAAACAUCGGAAACAUGAAAACUGUAUAUGAUGUAACCAAAUUAUUGUGCAACGAACGUCCAAAAACUGUUGAGGCAGUAAAAAACAAGGAAGGAAAUCUCUUGACUAAAGAGGAAGAUAUAAGAAAAAGAUGGAUGGAACACUUCAGCGAAGUGUUAAAUAGACCAGACCCUAUUGAUCCUGCUGAAAUACUAACAGGAGAGUCCAUCGAAUUAGACAUAGAAACAGGUCCACCACCAGAAGAUGAGAUGAGGAGAGCAUUGAAAGAAAUGAAAUUAGGCAAAGCCCCAGGUGUAGAUAACAUCACUGUAGAAAUAUUGAAAUCAGACAUAGAAACAACUGUCAAGGAACUACACAAACUAUACAACAUUGUCUGGACAACUGGAAAAGCUCCCAAAGAUUGGAGAAGGGGACUUAUAAUAAAGUUAGCAAAGAAAGGUGACCUGACAAACUGUGGAAAUUGGAGAGGAAUCACACUAAUAGCAACAACUGCCAAAAAAAAGAAUAAUGGGGAAAAUAAUAAUAAAAAGAAUUGUACUUGGUGUAGACAGACAUUUGAGAAUGGAACAAGCUGGAUUCAGGGCAGGAAGAGGCACUACGGAACAGAUAUUUGUCCUACGUAA